UCAUUAGAAGCUCUCCGCCGACGUCACGCGGCGAUGGGCGGCGCGCGGUUGGGGGCCCAAGGCCUUCUCCACCAUCUCCAAAUCCCUCCCUUUUCAUCUCCUCUGCCGUCCCAUCCGUGGCCAAAUUAUAAGUCCUGUUACUCGUCGCAGUUUGCCUCGUCUGAUAUUACAGUGAUUGCCAGGAUAACUGCUGCCUAGCCCGUUUCCUUGCCCCAGCCGAUCUCGAUCCCAGCCACCACACAGACCAUCUCCUCUCCCCCGUCACCACGGUCCAACCACAACCAUGGCGAGCGACAACACACACUACCAGCAAUUUCCCGCUCAGGAGAGCGACCCCCUCCUGGGGCCCAGACACGGAUCGAAAGCCUCUUCCCUGGGUCGACUGCGGCACCAUCUCCGCACGGAAAUCGACCCCCACAGGGCCGACCUUCUCCUCGUUUUCUGUUAUGUGAUUACAGGUCUGCUGGACAGCUCGGCCGUCUUCAUCUGGGGGUCAUUUGUGAGCAUGCAGACCGGCAAUACGGUGUACUUGGGGUUGGGUCUGGCCGGGCUGGACGACACUCAACGCUGGCUCAAAUCCCUCAUCUCGAUCGGCAGUUUCUGCAUGGGUUCCUUUUGCUUCGCGUUGUUUCACCGCCUCUUCCGCACCCCUCGACAACGAUCCGCUCUCGUGCUCUCUUUCACGCUGCAGAUGAUCUGUGUCGCCAUCGCCGCCAGCAUUGUCACUGUGCAGCAGACUGGAAAAAACGACCCCUUGUCGUGGAAAAUUGCCGUUCCGUUGGCGCUGGUCGCGUUCCAGAGUAGCGGACAGGCUGUGACGAGCCGGGUGUUGAAGUUUAGUAGCUUGACUAGUGUCGUGCUGACCAGUAUCUACUGUGAUUUAUUUUCGAACCCGGCUCUUUUGUCUGCCAGUGUGGUCAAGGACGCAGAUGAGUGGAGACGGGCGGGGGCAGUUUUGGGGUUGUUGCUGGGAACGGUGCUGGGAGGCGUGUGGGCAAAGAGCGAGCUUGGUUUGCCGGGCGCGCUGUGGACGGCGGUGUUGUUUAAGGGGCUCAUUGCCGUUGCAUGGCUGUGGUGGAAGGGUAAGGAUGACAAUGAAUAGAUAGUACUCCGUACUGUUAGUUGGUGUACUACUAUGCAUCACUAGAAGAUGGUCUUAUUCGUCACUAGAGAUAGUGCGUGGGGUGCAUGGCAGGGUUACUAUAUAUAGGGUCUGAUAAAUUAGUGUCACCUACUCCGUACAUGUACCUACUUCAUACCCAGUGCCUAACGAAUGCUCAUUCAUGGCGAUGAUAAUAAAAUUGUGAUUGAUGGAGAUUUCUCCUACGGUGCAAACUUCGACAAUCCUGGCCAACCGUCCCAUGAGCUGUAAGGUUCCGAGAUCCCUGCUGUCCUCGUCCACGGGACAUCAACAUAUCUAGCGUGAAGUGAGAUCGGUUAAGCACUAGCUUACUACUGGCCACGCACCCCGCAUUUUAUCCCGGAAAGCGUUGAGGUAAUUUUGUCCAUUCAAGCUCCUAUGAGUAG